AUGGCUUGGCUAUAUGGUGAAAUUCUUAAGGCUAAGGAAGAAAUGAGGAUGGCUGUAGGAAAUGUGGACAAGACUGGGACUGCUUUGUACAAGAGUAUCAUAGAAGUUGUGGAUGGAAAAAUGAAGAAUCGAUUGGAUUGUCCUAUUCACAUGGCUGCAUAUUGCUUAAAUCCCUAUUAUAGCUACAACAAGCCCUCCAUCUUUGACAGUGAGCAUGUCAUGGAUGGCUUUAUUGCAGCUGUUGAAACAUUCUACCAUGGUGAUUAUGACAAGCAGAAUCAAGUGCUCAAUGAUGACUUUCACAAGUUUAAAGAUAAAGUUGGACAUUUUGGAAAAAAGGUAGCUCAGGCUGGCUGCAAGGAUUAUGAUUUCAGUCCAGCUAAGUGGUGGUCAAAUUAUGGAACACAAGUUCCAACACUGCAGAAGUUUGCUAUUAGAAUCCUCUCUUUGACAUCAAGUGCUUCAGGUUGUGAAAGAAAUUGGAGCUGCUUUGAAGGGAUCCAUACAAAGAAAAGGAAUAGGCUCACAUGUGAGAGAGUUGAACAACUUGUCUUUGUUAGAUUCAAUCAUCUUCAUGCAAAGAGAAAAAAUAAAGCCAAAAAGAAUAAACAGGCAGAUCCUCUUGUAGCAACCGAUGCAACCUUUGCUCAAGGAUGGAUGGUUCAAGGUGCAGAUGAAGAAGGGACUGAUGUUGAGCCUGUUACAGGUCUGACAUGGAAAUUAAUUGCUGACACAUGUGGUGCUGAGGAGGUCACAAAACUCCGUAAGAGUGCAAGAUUGGCUCAUGCAAGAGAGGUUCAAGAAGAACCCAAGUCCGAUAGUGAUGAAGAACCGAUAAAUGAGGAAGAUAUUGAGUUUGAGUCUGAUCAAGAUAAUGUGGUCACAACUGGAUAUGAGCAAGAGGGGGAGGAAGACAGUGACGGUUGA